UUAUGUAUUUAGCUUAUGAAAACAGAAAAAUCUUUGGCAGUUUUUGCAAUUAAUCUUAUGUGAGUGUAUAUCAUCCUCUUGUGACUUGUGAGGGCUACAUUGGACUCCUUUGAAACAUCCAACCAAGUUGCUCAACCUGCCCAAAGUGUUGUCAAUAUUGAAUUUUGCAAAAUGGUCAUCUAGUGAAUUGAAGGUUAAUGAAUAUAAUGGAGGCAACAUACUGAGGAAUAUGGAAGGUGCAAGCCCAGUUAAAAGUAAAUAGCUUGUGUUGAGGAGUUCAAAUCAUCCAUAUGGUGACAUUAGAUGAAAUACUGAAGUGCUCUUUUCUGUGCUAAGCACUUCUGCAUUUUGUGAGUGCCCAGUGCCCUUAAUUCACAUAUCUUCAAGACACCUCCAACACUAGCCUGGCAUCAACAGAUAAUAAAUAGUAUCUGGAGGAGGUAUAGGAAAAGUUCCUUUUUUUUUCUUUUUCCUUUUUUGAAUGUUGCAACAUACAUGACCUAGUUGUUGAUGGUAGUGUCUAAAUGAAUAUAUAAGAUCUCAAGGAUUAAAAGAAGAGAAAGAUGUGGUUGCGCUGUGCCAAACCCCUUCAGUACUUGGAAGUCUUGAGAAAAUCCUCCAGAUCACCAUGUCAUCUUCCAUUCCUUUGCCCUUAUUCUGAUACUCCUUACAAGAAGUCAAAGAGUGCCCCUUUACAGGAAAGAAAAAUGAUUGAUAGAUUUAGGUUAUAUGCCAAAGGAGGUGAGGGUGGCAGUGGUUGUUCCAGUUUCCACCGUAGCCGACAUGAUCGCCAUGGCAGACCUGAUGGUGGGGAUGGUGGAAGAGGGGGAGAUGUGAUUCUAGAAUGCUCUGCCACAGUUUGGGACUUCAGCAAUCUACAACAUCAUGUUAAUGCAAAGAGGGGAGGACAUGGAACUUCGAAGAAUAAGAUAGGAACCCGAGGGGCAGAUAAGGUAGUUCGAGUGCCUGUUGGCACUGUAGUUCAUCUUGCAGUAGGUGAAGUUCCUUCUCAAGUUGAACACCGAUCUUCAGCAGCAUUGGAUCCCUGGGAGAUUCCAGGCUCACUUGAUGUUGAUCUAUCUGAAUCUCACCAGAAACCUGCCUGUGUGAACCCCAGCACAGUGGAAGUAGCAGAAACAGUGGAUAUUAUUGAUGGCUCAUCAACUUGUAUUGAACAAACUGUGGAAGAAUCUGUCGGAAAGAGGCAAGCUACUCAAGUUUCAUCAUCUGUGUCUCUUCCUCAAUCUUCUCCUUCCAAUAACAAAUCCAGAAUUCUCAAUGAAGAUUUUCUAUCCUACAAGGGAGAAGGGGGGAGUGACCCUGAAAUUGUGGAGACUGAUGAUGGUAUGUCCGAACCAGAGUUGGAAGAACAAAGGGAGGAAAAGGAACAAAUACAAUACAAUGUUGCUGAAUUAACAGAAGAAGGCCAACGUAUAAUUGUUGCUCGUGGAGGGGAGGGUGGUGUAGGCAAUAUCUCUUCAUCCAAAAAUUCUAGGGACCACAAACUUACAAAACUUGGGGCUGAAGUAUCCGAUGAUGAUCAAUCCUCUCUUGGCAUUGGGUCUCCUGGUUCAGAGGCUAUUCUUGUAUUGGAACUCAAGAGUAUUGCUGAUGUGGGUCUUGUGGGAUUCCCAAAUGCUGGUAAAAGUACCCUUCUAGGGGCUAUGUCAAGAGCUAAGCCAACAGUAGGCCACUAUGCCUUCACAACUUUGAGGCCAAAUAUUGGGAAUCUAAAGUAUGAUGAUUUAUCAGUCACAGUGGCUGACAUUCCAGGUCUUAUAAAGGGUGCCCAUGAGAAUCGUGGACUUGGACACGCUUUCCUGCGGCACAUAGAACGCACUAAAGUUAUAGCUUAUGUGGUAGAUUUGACUGCUGCAUUAGAUGGUAGGAAAGGAAUUCCACCAUGGGAACAGCUGAAAGAUUUGAUUUUAGAGCUAGAGUACUAUCGAGAGGGUUUAUCAAAUCGACCCUCCUUAGUAGUGGCAAACAAAAUCGAUGAGGCAGGGACUGAAGAAGUUUAUGAAGAAUUGAAAAGAAGAGUGCAAGGUGUUCCAAUCUUUCCUGUAUGUGCAGUUCUGGAGGAGGGAAUACCAGAGCUAAAAGCUGGCCUCAGAAUGCUUGUGAAUGGUGCAGAAUCAUAUGGGCUGAGUUUGGACAGAAUUUCGCUUGACUAGGUUGUUCCUGACACAAAUUCUUUGCUAGUAAUGAGUGUUCCCCACACAUUUCAUUGGAAAAUAUGUGCUGCAAACAACUAGGUAAUCAGCUGGGACAUUGAGUCCCAGAUGCAUUGCAGGUAGUCUUCAGAGCCAGAGAGAUUUUGAGGUUAGUAUAUUUUUGUUAGCUGUCACUAAUCACUUAAACCGAUGAUGAAUCAAGGCUCCUGUUUGCUGGUUUUUUUCUCACCGGUUGACCGAUUAGGCCAAUGUUAUUGUUUUGCUGUCUGUCAACGGACUGUAGAUGGAAGAAAUGCUGAAAAUUGUUUUUGUUUUACAAGCCUAAUAACAGGAUAGCCUAAACUGCUGGUUGAACCCAGUUUUCUAAAGAUACAAUGUGUUCAUACUCUGUUGUCUGGCUUGUUUGUGAUGCUUCUUAUAUGCCAGUACAAUACAUAUAAUCACCCACCUCCUGCAAAGGAUUACAAUUUCA